AUGGCGCUCGUCGAGCACAGGAAUUACCUUCAAGACGUACUUGCGCGGCAAGCUCGCCGCCGCCAGGUUAUCGGAGCGCGGUACGAGCCGCAGCCGAAGCUCUCGACCGUCGUCUCCGCGAGUGAUGCGGCCGAUCCCGCCGCCGAGGCGUCUACGAGCGACGUCAAGGGCAAGUCAAAGGCGAAUGUCACAAACUACGUCCCCGCUGAAGAGGCCGUGAGGAACGACUACGAGGCUCGUUACGGUGUCUCUGGAGAGUUUCCGAGCAACUAUGUUCUCGGUGCUGGGAGCAAGGAGAUCUGCGAGGAAUUCCCGGCUCUGCGCCGCCUCAUGGAUCUCAAGGCUGCGAACGUGAAUGCAUCAGCGCACCCGCCGCUGGUCUGUAGUCUGCCCGAUGCCUCACCUUCCUCUAUCCUCUCAUCGCUGGCACCGCAGCACUUCGACGUCAUCCUCUUGCACCCGCCCGCAUCAGCGUCGUGGGCAGAGAUCGCGGCCCUGCCGAUCCGGCAGCUGAGUGCGGACCCAGGUUUUGUCUUCCUCUGGGUCGGAACAGGAGACAGCGAUGGCCUCGAGCGUGGGCGCGAGUGUCUCGCACGCUGGGGAUUCAGGCGCGCCGAGGACAUUGUCUGGGUCAAGACGAACCGACGAUCGCAUCGUGGCGGAUCUGGCUCCGAAGAGAGCGUUGACGGUGAUGGCGUCGACGGAAGUGUGGACGGGGAAGGCACCGACAGGACCGUACCGCGGAACGCCGGUGCGAACGGGAAUGGCCUAUUCGCGAGCCAGAAAGAACAUUGUCUGAUGGGCAUUCGCGGCACGGUACGCCGAAGCACGGACGCGUACUUCGUGCACUGCAACGUUGACACGGAUGUGAUCGUGUGGGAGCCAGAGGACGGAGAUGACGACACGCGCACACCGCCAUACCUCUACACUCUUAUCGAGAACUUCUGUCUCGGUGCGCGCCGUCUCGAGCUCUUCGGUACGAAGCCGCGACGAGGUUGGGUCAGCGCGCAGCUGAGCCCUUCCUCGGACUCUGACGCCGAGCCCUUCGACUCCAGCACCUAUCCCUCCCUCUUACCCAGCAAAGAUGAGGGCAAGCCCGUCGUGCCCUUCAGUGCCGAAAUCGACGCUCUGCGCCCCAAAUCGCCUCAGCGUCGCACCCCGGGGCAGCGCAGGCAGCAGCAGCAGCCCCGAUACAACACGCCACACCACAACCAGCAUCAGCACCAUGGUCCGCCGCGCGGCGCAGGCGUCAUGCGCAUGGGCGCGCUGACGGACAACAACAUGAUGGAGGCGCUGUUCCAGCAGCAAAUGCUGGCAGGCAUGGCACCGCAGAUGGCUCAAAUGCAGAUGGCCCAGAUGGGCGUCAACCCCAUGAUGCAGAUGGGCAUGGGCGGGAUGAACCUGGGCCAGCCGGGUCAAUCUGGCCAGCCUGGACAGCCUGGCCAGCCAGGCCAGCCCGGUCAAGGCAUGAUGGGCGGUAUGGGCAUGGGAGGGAUGGGCGGAAUGGGUAUGGGCCAAAUGGGCCAGAUGCCGUUCAACCCCAUGAUGGCCAUGGGCGGCUUGUCGAUGGGCGGGGGGAUGGGCGGGGGGAUGGGAGGCAUGGGUGCCGGCGGCAUGGGCGGGAUGGGCGGCGGGAUGGGCAUGCUCCCUGGCUCGCCGCACCUGCAGCCGCCGAUGCUGAAUCCGAUGAUGAUGGACGCCGGCGGAGGCUUCAACCCGCUGCAGAUGCAGCAGAUGGUGAUGCAGCAGGCCAUGGCGGGUAUGGGUCUCGGGUCCAUGGGCUCCAUGGGCUCCAUGGAUAUGGACAUGGGCGACUAUGGCCAGAUGAACAUGAACAACAUGAACAACAUGGGCAUGGGCAUGAGCCCGCACAUGUAUGGCGGAUCGUCGCCUGGUCCCUCCCACCAGCAGCCGGGGCAGCCUGGCCAACCUGGCGCCGGCGCCAGCGGCGGACAGUACUACUACGGCUAG